GAGAUGUCUUACAACUACAACACAACCUUUCGAAGAUGCAGCGAUGUGCAGUUUACAAAGGGAAAUAAGCUGUCAAGGAGGAGUUAUCCCGACGAUGGCCACGAAUCGCACUGUCUUCGUUACAUUCGCUCACUUUAUAAAAUGCGGACAGCCAAGUUCUUUCACCGCUGUAUUCACGAUAUUCGCCUUUUACUAGUUUAUCGCCAGUAUAGUCACCGACGCUUGCUGACUUUACUUCUGGUCUGUGUUCUGCUAUGGAUAUUUUAUAAAGGAGUGCACCAUAUUUUUCAUGAGGAAGCUCUUUCUAACCCGAAAGUGGAUCAUUGGUGUGACAGUGAGGAACUUCCAUCCUACUUGCUCAAGCAGGAUCCAGAAGAAAUCACCAUAGUCACUGCAUACUUCAACUUGGGAACUUACAGAAGUGGUUCAGGAUACUGGGACUAUGCUAGCUCUCAUCAGAUAAAGCAGCGAAUGCGACCCCUUGGCAAAAUUGCCAACCCUGUAGUUGCUUAUAUAGAAGAUGACAGUGUUGCAGAAUACUUCUUAAAAAUUCGCUCUUGUUUUCCUCCUUCUCUGACACGUGUCAUCAAAUUAAACAGGGAGGAUUUGUGGAGUUUUAGGCUGCAGUCACACAUAGAAGUGAUUUAUGGUCAGAGUUCGUACCCUAAACAUUACCCCAAUACUGUGAGUGCUGAGUACACGUGUGCAUCUCAUGCUAAGUAUGAGCUGCUUGAAUCUGCCAGUAAAGAAAACUUCUUUAAAACUCCUUUUUUUGCAUGGCUGGACAUUAACUACUUUAAAAAUUUAGAUGAGACAAGUUUUGAAAUUUUUAAGCUUAUCCCUCCUGGUACAUUUAAUGUGGAGAUGAUUUCCAUGUCACAGGCAUGGCCUCAUGAUCCAAACAUCCCUGUAAAAGAAGUGAUUGAAAACAACUUGGUGUGGGUUUCUGGAGCCAUGAUUCUUGGUGUACAAGAAACUGUCCUAAAUUUGACAUUGAAUUACCGACAAACAGUGGAAAAACUAUUAAAAAAAGAGUUGUCUGCCUCUGAUGAACAGAUUAUAUAUAUAAUGUUUUCAGCACCUCUAAGAAAACAUGUUAAAUUACACUUGAAGACAUUUCUUUGUCAUGACGGUCAGCUAGAUUUGUUUGGAAGGGAUGCACGGUUUCUGUGCCUUGGUUAUGUGUGCAGAAAUGCCUGGAAUAAAAUCCACAAACCAAGUUUAUAGCAUAGAAGAAAUGUAAAAUUGUAGCAUAAAAAUGAACCAAGGGUGUAAAUGUUUUAACUUGUUCUGUGGAAAGAACAUAUUAGCAAUUAUGGCAGUAGAUUUUUGAUGGAGGGUUACAUUGUCAAAUGUGUUGGCACUAAAUUUCAAAGACCAAAUAAAAGAAAAAUAGGGAGAUGAAAAAACAAAUGCCACAUCACUGGUAGCUUUGCCUUAUGUGCUUACUAGUAUUAAAUUAUUUGUGGCUUGAGCAUUAACUUUUACAGAUUGUUUACUGUAGAUCGUUGUUAUGACUGUCAUGCUUCUAAAUUUUGGUUUUAAAUGUUACCUUAAAGAUUAAUUUUGUAUUCUUUAUAAAUUUUAAAAAAUGUUUAUGCUAAACUUCCACAAUAGCAGCAAAGAUUGCCUCUUAAUCAUUCAAGAUUGUGGAAGGAAUAAUCUAAUUAGCUUUUUCAUUUAUAUUUUAAACAUAUUUGUAUAUCAUUUGCCCUUGAAGGAUAAUAUACAUUGUAUGAUGAUAAACACAAUGUUUUAGGUUGUUUGGACCAUCUCAUGAGCAAUUAAAUGCAUUGCUAAACAUGUCUUUUUGAAAGCUUAAAGCACUUGGAACUUGAUUGUGUCAUGAUCACCAAUGUGCCACACUACUGGUGCUAGCAUAUCGUAUUCAAACAAGAGUAUCUACUAAACCUUUUUAAAAUCUGAAAUCCACAGUAAAGGCAACAUCAUUAAAUUCAAGAUAGUUUUAAGAUGAUUUUUAAAUAUAAAAUAUUCUGCUUGGCAUGAUGCAACAUUUUUUGUUUUAAUGUACAAAAUAUUUGUGAAGGAGAUUAAGCAAAUGGAUCUGAGAUUUGUAGUCACAAACUCAUGUAAGUGGCUCACAGGCUGUGAGUUUCAUGAAUCAUUCUCACAUUAUAAACAUUUGAUUUAUACAAAAUACCUCUACAGAAAUAAAAAUAAACAUCAAUUUGUAGAUGUAAGUGAAGUACCCAAAUACACUUCUUCAGCCCUU